ACGGCACCACUGACUGGACCGCGCGCACACGCCGGGGAUUCUGUUUCCGGUUCGAACCCGUUGCCCGUGAACAGCAAAGGACUCCAUGGAGAUUCCGACCGCGUUUACAGACUGACAUGCCAAGCCGUGGUUUCGAGGCGGUUUUGCUUAUAGUCUGCUUCAGGAGGGAGACGCUCGGGGCAGCGGCACGUUAAGUUGAUCACACCGAGGGGAGAGCAGCUGCAGCCUGCCUUUGUGGAGUCAAAAUGGCGCCUGGUUCUCCGGUCAAUUCGGCUUUAAUCCAUCUGUGAUUAUUCCGACAGCCGGACAGUAACUUGUUACAGGUUACCGGGCGUUUCGGACUCGCGCGGUUGGGGGCACAGCCACUGUCAUGUCGGACUCGGAGGAGGACAGCCAGGACAAGCAGCUUAAAAUUGUGGUGGUUGGAGACGGAGCAUGUGGGAAGACAUCACUCGCCACCAGAUUUGCACAGGAGGCCUUUGGGAAGCAGUACAAACAAACCAUCGGCCUGGAUUUCUUUCUGAAGAGAAUAAGCCUUCCAGGCAACUUGAAUGUGACUCUGCAAGUGUGGGACAUUGGAGGCCAAACGUUAGGGGGGAAAAUGCUGGAUAAAUAUGUGUACGGAGCUCAUGGGGUUCUUCUAGUUUAUGACAUUACAAAUUACCAGAGCUUUGAGAACAUGGAGGAUUGGUUCAGCAUGGUAAAGAAAGCCAACGAGGAAUCGGAUAUCCACCCUGUUGUCUUCUUGGUGGGCAACAAAAUCGACCUGGAGCACAUGAGGACCAUAAAGGCAGACAAACACCAGCGCUUCUGCCAGGAGAACGGCCUCAUCAGUCAGUUCGUAUCAGCCAAGACUGGGGAUUCGGUUUAUCUUUGUUUCCAGCGGGUAGCUGCUGAAAUUCUUGGUAUCAAGCUAAAUAAAGCAGAAAUGGAGCAGUCCCAGCGCGUGGUGAAGGCGGACAUCGUGAACUACAGUCAGGACUCCGUAGCCAGGACAGUCAACACCCCUCGCAGCUCCAUGUGUGUGGUUCAGUGAUCGUCUCCAACCCACACACACACACACACACACACACACACACACACACACACACGUUAAGAAAUGCUUUCAUCAGGCAGUAUUAGGCUGUAUUUCGAGCGAAGUGGAUGAGAAAGCGCUUGGAGCGAGGUCUCUGUUCCUGUGUCGUAUGGCCGGGAUGAAGCGCAGACUGCGUGGCUUCGAGGUCUUGGCGUGUAGUUCGGCUAUUCAGCAGGAAUUACGUCUUGAGUGCUUCACCAAAAAAAAAAAAAAGAAAGCGGGACCUCGGUUUUUAAUGUCUAUGUGCAGCUAUAAAUUUCUUUUACACUCUCAAAGCUGAUUACCUGAUUUCUACUUUGAAGCUGGUUAUUUAAAGGAGCAAUAUAGCAACUGAAAACAUUCUUAUAGCAGCAUUUCUUUUUCUGCUUUAGCUCUUAGUUUGAUGUGGUCAGUGUAAUUCAGCGUUAACAUCUAUUGGGUACAUGUGUUUUAUGUAAAGUUGCAAAUAAAAGAUGCUCUGUGACGGACGGAGGUGAACUCAACAUCUUUCAUACGUUUCUCAAGAUCCUCUCCUGUUUGUGUUGUACGCCAGUAAAACAAAUAAAUGGAAGUGAAAAUAAUUCUCUUAAUAAAAUGAAUCUCCAGUUUCUGUUUGCCAAUUAGUUGCUUGCUUAAUGUGAACAGUGUGCUGUUAUUUCUUAAAAAAAAACCAUUCAGUUUAUUCUUGAAUAAAACUUCACUGCAGGUCCAACAAUAAGGUACAUCCUGCACAGUGAGGAUCAUUCAGUUUAUUUGAAUUUAGAAUUAUUCCGCUUUACAUAAUUUUACAUUCGCACAGUCUUUAGUACUAUGUUGAAGUAUUAAUAAACCUAAAAUAAAUGCAAAAUGUCAGGAGUGUAUAUCUGAGUGUCGUUUAAGCUUUUGAUUAGAUCACUUGUUAAGCUUUAAGUUGUAGAAUAAAGUUUUGUAGAAUAAAGAUUGACAAUGACAUUGACGCUUGAGGUCUUAAUUUUGCUGUCUGUCUUAAUCGCCUGUUCUUUAGCUUGUCCGUCUUUUAAAUGUGUUCAAUUUCAAACGACUUUUCCCAAACAGAUUCAACACGAUACUGUUUGUCGGCAUGAUGUUAAAACAUGAAGCUGAAUCAUUGCUUUAGGUGUGAAAUGCGUAGAGUGACAGUAACUCAUCUAAGUGAUCAGAGAACAUCCUGUAAAUGCUGAAUAUGUAAACAAAAUGUACUUUUUGGAAAUGUAUAGUUAUAUUUGACAUUACAAAGCGAUAAAGACUUGUUUCCGAAUAAAAAGAAAAUGCAACAUGAAAAA